CAAGCGUUCUUCUAGUGUGUGUGUGCUGUAUUUCCAAUGCGUACUUGCGUUUGCUUGUUUUCAUUUCUCAUGAUAUACCUUAUUUCACAUUGCUGAAUGUUUUGAUGGAUUGGAUCUCAACGAUGAAUUGAUAUUGAACCGUUCAAAAUUACCACUGUGAUCUUGAAUGCACCCCUUGUGUCAGAAAAAUUAUUCCGAUCGGCAAUGAGGGCAAAUACAAAUGUUUUCCGCAGUGAUACACGGCCACUAACACACACCGUUAUUUAUAUUCAUUAUUUUUCUGGAUGAUAAAGCUCGGUUUGUCAGAUAAUAGGUUGAUACCGCUAAUCGAGAUAUGGCAGCAGUCAGCUUCUCCGAGGCGCUCUGUCAGCCGUGCGUUUAUCACGACAAAUUCAAAGGUAAGUCGAGCAUCAUUGACCCAUCAUUAUUUUGUUCAUUUAUUGCAUGUGCGAUUUAACUGGUUAUCACACGACGUACUGCUUUGAUUUGAAAUGAUUUAUGUUGUCGCAUUGUACACAGAUUCUCGCGUACAAUAGGGAUUCCUCAGUUCUACACAUUACAUUCCUAGCUAUCUGUACUGAUCUAAACGUUGCAACCCUCUGGGGGGGAAAACCUUAUGUGCUGAAACCCCUGUGGUCAGUUGAGCUGAAUGUGAAGAGACCCCUGAUGCCUGUCCACCUGAGUCCAGAGCAGGUGGGGCUGGAGAUGCUGUAUCUCUGUGGACAACUGGACCUUCUCAUCAGGGCACAGGUACACCAGUUCCAGGAGCAGCUGAGACAGGACUGUAGCCCUGAGGAGUCGGACACUUUCCAGGAGCAAGGAACAGAGAUUAUUGAUCAGAUGCUCCAAUGCUUAGAACACCUGCCAAAACCUAUGCCGCACCUGGAGGACUAUCUUGACAUGGUGGGUCUGUCGACCAUGUACCCUCGCGUGGAGGUGUUCCUCAUCCAGGGCAGUCCAGUAGACAUGCUGGAGAAACCCCCAAUGGAUGAAUACUUCUCACACAUCGGGAGGCUCAAUCAGCUACUAGUACUUAGUCAGCAGCUAGAGGAGGAUGUGAAACAUCUCGGGAGCCACAAAUACAUCGCCCACCAGCUGUCAGUUAUAUAUCAAGUGCUCAGCUCAUUCCAAGGUAUCCAGCCACUGUCGGUCCUGAAGAAAGAGAUUGAGGCGAACUUCAGACAGAUGAAGACGUCUUUGCUGACAGAGGAAGGCUCCAGGCAGGAGCCUCAGCUCCCAGCACACUACAUCAGCUGGAUAUUGGAGCUGACUCUUAGUAUAACAUCAACAGUCUCCUCGCUACCAGAGGAGCUCACUGAAGACCUGAGUCCAGCCAUGACCUUUGUGUCCCAGCUAUGACAUCACACCUGACCUCACAACACCUAACAUUGGGCCCAUGGUACAUAUUCCCAACCCGUGGAGUUACAUAUUACCAACCCGUAGAGCUGAGGGUCAACAUUUGAUAAUUUUUUUGAAAUGAAUGUCCGACAGACCCACCCAGUGAUUCAAGAAUGAUGUUUUGACAUGUCACUGUCAUUUUAUUGAAUAGGGUCCUGAGCUCUCAUUGGUUAAGUGGAUGAAUGUUAAUGAAUGUGUUCUAAAUGUGUUAGGCCAAAUGUCUAAAAAGAGGUGCUAAAUGUUACUGUAUGAAAUUCCAUUUUAACAAAUUAAUGUUUACAUUGGCCAAUAAAUUCAAUUGAGAGAUAA